AGUGAUAAGAUAUGUUACCACAUUGCUUAUCUGAGGACCAGCUUACAUGUAAUAGGCCCAGACAAGGCUGUGUUGUGAAGUCCUUUUGACCAUUCCAUUGGCACCAGAGACUGGACCCAUCAGUAUGUGCUUCAUAUCGGCGGAGCAUUAGUCGAGUGUUACGUAUGAGCCAGCUUGCCUGUGGGAGUGGGCUUUGUACCCACCCAGAGCCAAAACGGGGCUAGUGUGCAGAGGAAACAAUCUCAAUUUGUAGAAUUUUCCAUAGCCAGUGGUCUUCAUUAAAGAUUCAAAGCCAUGGAAAUCGAUGUGCCGUUGACCGAGUUCAAUCUCUCGGACAAUAAAAACACCAACACUCUUGAAGAAACCGAAAGACGGCCAGAGUCAGCUAGGAAGGAGAAUGAAACACUUCCUGCGAGUGCAAGAGAAUCUGUAGAUGUGGUUCAUGAUCGCGAUAAAUUAGUCAAUGAAACAGAGACGGAAAUUAGUGCCGAUAAAAAACGUAAACGCAAACAUCGCCAUAGUCGGAGAAAAAGUUAUAAGACAAUGGAGGAGUCUUUAGAUUUGCCUGAGAAGGCGCCAAUGGAGGAUAGGAUUGAUGAUGCGGGCGUGGACCAGAUCAAACGGAUUGAUUAUGUACUUGUUUAUCCGGAUAAACAUCCCGAGGAGGAGACAAGUAAAAAGAAACGCUUCGAACUUGAACGGAACUUUACGAAUCGGAAGAAAUUUGAAGGUGAAAUGAGAGAGGAGGGUGUCGAAUUUCAAAAACAGAAAUACAAGGAGAAUAUUUUUGUGAAAAUUCAUGUGCCAUUUAAACGGCUUUGUGAGGAGGCUGAAAAAUGCAAUUUAGAGAUGCCACUUACAGGGUGUGAAAUCUACGACGACGGCCCCAAGAACAUUUGGGAAAGAUUCGAAGAGAAGCAUUUGAAAACAGAUGAUGAAGUGGAUUUUGUCAGUGCCCCAUUCCAACUUGAUAAAAUCCAUCUCUUCGAAGGCCAUGAAAAUGAAGACACGUUUUUCCGUCCAGCAUUGCGGAGUUAUUUGACACAUCAUAUACUCAUUAACAUUGACAUCAGGAGGAAAGCAGAAGAGGAAGAAGACAGCCUCGCCAAAAAAGGACUGCCGUACCUUCUCAUGAAGAAGACAUACACCGAUAGUUUUCUCCUGCACGAGAAAUCAGAAGAGGAUCCGAUUGUUCAUGAGUUGAUCGAAAUACGACAAAAAGAGGGACUUCUCUCGGAUGAAGCCGCAGAAAAGAUGAAAACAACAGAAGUGGACCCAGACCCCCGGAAGAAAAUGAAUCACACUUGGACUAAAAUACAGAAAUAUCAACCAUUAUGGCGGAUUCGGAACUAUUUUGGUGAAAAGAUUGGGUUUUAUUUCGCGUGGUCGGGACAGUUGAUUACCUCAUUGUGGAUUCCGACUGUGUUUGGGAUUUGUAUAUUUUUUUAUGGAUUGUACCUGAGCAUCAAGAGAAAUAUUGCCCAAAAUAGUAUGGCAGUGAACACGACGUCGACACCUCUUUUAAAUGGUACAACUCCAGCACCUGAUGAAUUGGCCGUAGUCACUUUCUCUGAUCUACUGGUCGCCAAACUGAGUGAAAUAUUGGAUGUCAUAAAGGAGUCAUUUGACAAUGUAGUUACGCCUUGGUUUUCACUCAUUAUCUGUUUAUGGGGUACAAUCUUUCUGGAGAGUUGGAAAAGGAAGAAUGCUGUGUUGGCCUAUGAGUGGGAUGUGGACUCAUUUGAAUACACAGAGCCUGACAGGGCGGAGUUCUACGGACUCAAGACCAGACCAGAUCCUGUCACGAAUGAAGACACAUGGUAUUAUCCAAUAUGGCGGCAGUUCUUGAAGUUCCUUCUCUCGGGCUCCGUGCUCAUUAUGAUGGUGACGAUUGUGCUGAUCAGUGUGGGUGCGGUUGUCGUGUACCGUGUCAUCAUCAGCGUUGAUUACUGUGAUACUAUGGCGGGUUGGCAGUGUCUUGCAGCAUCGACGAUUGCGUCGGCAGUCUUGAAUGCUGUCUCCAUCCUAAUACUCGGCAAGUUUUACGAUGUUUUGGCUGUGAAAUUCACCGAUUGGGAGAAUCAUCGUACGAAGACGUCCUAUGACAAUGCUCUCAUCAUCAAACUAUUCGCAUUCAGUUUUGCCAACAGUUACGCCUCCUGUUUUUAUAUUGCAUUCUUCCGUGGGAACAUCAAGACGUUGUUUGCCAACGGUAUCUUGGGUCUCGGUGCAAAGUAUGUUGACGUCUGCAGUGGGGAUGAUGGAACCAACUGCAUGUCGAUGCUGUCUCUACAAGUCUUGGUGCUAAUGAUUGCAAAAACUCUACCGAAGCUUCUCACCGACAUCAUUUUACCGUGGGGAAAAUCUCUAUGGAGAAAGGGUAAAAUCUGUCCCUGUUGCCGGAAGAACAAAAUUCAUGCGAGUAUGAUGGAAACUGACAUUUAUGAUCCUAAUGAGUAUAUCGAGCGAGAGAGAUUGAAGCCAGAACUGGAGGAUUUCACCCUUAGUGAAUACACAGAAAAAGUCAUCCAAUAUGGCUAUCUUAUGCUGUUUUCUGCCUCCCUGCCACUUGCUCCAUUGAUUGCCCUUCUCACCAACCUCAUCGAUGCCAGCGUUGAUGCCAAAAGGAUGAUCUGGUGGUACAGACGACCUGUCGCCUAUAUUUCUCAGGACAUUGGCAUGUGGUAUGGAAUCUUAGAGUUUGUCAACAUCUGUGGAGUUGUUAGUAAUGCAUUCCUCAUUGCCUUCACGUCAUCUUACGGCAGGAACAACUUCCCCCUUCUCUCGCAAAAGCUCUGGUUCAUCAUCGGAUUUGAGCAUGCUGUGUUUGCCAUCAGGCUUAUACUUGCUGCCUGUAUUCCUGAUGUGCCUGAAACUAUUGCCCUGGAAAUGCGUAGGGAAAAAUAUCAGGUGGCCAGAAUCAUGGAGAGUGGCGAUGAUAAAGAAUUGGGUGUUCUCAGGAAAUUUGCACGGAAAACUGACUCGGAUGCAAAGUCAGCCAAUCAAAAUGGAAGUGAUUUUGGUCUGCGUAAACGUAGCAGGAGUUGUACGUCGACCAGUCAGAAUGAAGGGAACAAACCAAACAACAAGGGAUCAAGUGUUAAUGUCAUCAAUGAAACAAGUAAUCAAAUGUUGGCCCCAAAUGACAACGAAAAGAGCUCGAGAGAAAAACGACACAGAAAGAAGUCAAAAGGAUCUGGUGAAGACCAAGGAAUUCCUAAAUCUGUGCGGAGUCCCAAGCGGCACCGACAAAAAGAUGAACCGGCUGCGGAAGCGCAAAAAGUUUCUCUGGAACUGUCAGAAGACAGCGAAGAUUUUCACAACAAUGAAUUCGCACCUCGCAGCCAAUUUAACCGUCGAGGGUCAGAACCCCAAACCGCUCAUGUCUUCCGGGCUAUAGGUGAAAUGAACGAUGACGGAGAAAUACAAAUACUACCGAUCGACCCUCCACCUCCGUCUCCUCGGCGACCACGGAGGCUAAAGACGUUAGCACAUGGAGAUGGGCCGACAUCACUGAUGCCACUGCACACACCUCUUGUCGAAGAAAAAGGAGAAAAAGACGGCACGUCAAAUUAUUGAACAUUAGAAACUUUCAAAUCAGGUUCUGUGGAAUCGAUGUUCUGAAUUGUGUGGUCACCUACUGGAUGCCUCUUGGGUAUCAUUUAUUCAUGAAUUAUAACUGUUAUCAGAUCAUGAGUUUCCUUCAGAACCAAGUUCUAAAUUGAGUACUGGUACCUGCGACUCAUUAGUUAACUCCGUCCAGUUCUUUUGUAGUGAGCGCUACUAAUAUGUCUAUAGGGAUGCUCUAAUGAUUGAUUAAUUGAUUGAAACAGGAACUCUGUAAAUUUCAUUUCAUGCCAGCCAGGCAUGUCGCGACAUGUAUGUCACAUAUAAAACAGGGUAUUUAUUUAGUAUCUAUUUGUCUGCUUUGUGAUUUGAUAUGGUUUCUUAGUGAUAAGUCAAAAAUUUUGACUCUGAAAGAGUAUGUAUAUUACAUAUAGUCAGUGAAACAUACAGCAUAGUGGGGCCUGUAUAUGCUCAAUUCAUUCAUAUAUGAAUCGUAUCAAUACUGAAAAUGAAAUUAUCUGAACUGUAUUAGUAUCAGCAAGAAUAGAUAAAGACUAAUAUUUAUUCAUUAUUGGUAUCAGCAAGUAUGGUAUCAACUAGUUCAGCACUAUAAAUAAUUAUUGUAAAUAGGUUAAUUAAUGUAGAUUUUGAUUGCUUCCAUAAUGUGAUAAUUGUAAAUAGAUUAAUUAAUGUGAUCUUUAUUAACUCUACAAUGUGAUGAUGGAGAAGGCUUUGGGGAAUGUUUUCCUUCCACCCAAAAUGGUCGGGAUUUUCAUAAAUGACACCUAUUUAUAUUCAAGCAUGAUUCAGGAAACUUUGAGAGGGGCAAAAAAAUUGCAUGGGGAUUGCCAAAAUAGCCUGGUGGGAUUGUGGAUUUGGCCUUUUUAGCUCACAUGGGUGAGCUUAUUUCAACAAGUCCAUGUAGUUUUAAUUUGUACAAGAUGUAUUAAAAGCCUCAUUAUAUCAUAUACUGUAUAACAUUGUAAUAAUACUUUGUGCUUUUUGAUAGUAAAUAAAAGUUUCACUUUCAGUAUUGUCCGAAGAAUA